AAAAUUAACGAAGAGUCAUCGCAUUGAUCACUUAUUAUCGAUAUUGUCAGUAAUAAAUGUGGCUUGUACUGGAAUAACUUUUCCUCGACUGUUAUAAAGAAUUUAAAUAUGACAAAGUUAUGGGUUGCCUUGCUUGCAAUCUGUGUUUCAAUGAUGACCGCCGAAAAUUUGAAGAAUACAAUUAAUCCAUCAAGAAAUAAGUCAAAUUGCACGACUCGAGAAUAUGUAAAGGAUAAUUUGGAAUUCGAACUGGCUUUACUUUAUAAUAUGAACGCGAGUGUCGACCCCUGUGACAAUUUUUAUAAAUUUGCUUGCGGUAAUUUUGAUAACGUCCCAGCUGAUUAUUUACAGCCUGUAAACCAUGAUUUUGGUUACCCAAUUAGCUCUAUAUACGAAAAAAUUAUUUAUUUAAUCAGAAAUGAUCGUUUGAAUUCACCUAAGCAAUUUAAAUUCCUAAGAGACUUCAUCACGUCUUGUGAAAGUUUGAACAUUAAUAACAACAAUAAGUAUUUUAAUAUCAGAGAAGACAAAUUGGAUGAUUUAACUGACGUAUUAUCUAAAUUGGGUCAGUGGCCUGUUCUAGAAGGUCCCAAAUGGAACAGCACUGACUUCAAUUGGGUUGAUUUCGAAGACAAAGCAGGUAACUUUGGCGUCGAUACAACAUAUUAUUUUCAUUCCAUGGUUAAUCUAGACAAAGGAGGUAAGCGCUUUCAUUUGAAUUCACCAAAAUUCGAAUUUUCAUAUGAAGAUAUAAAGAAUUACCGGAAUGAUUCUAUGAUUAAUGCUUAUCAUAAAUAUAUGGUGGGUGUUGCUAUGCUUCUCGGUGCCAAUGAAACACAAGCGAAAAUAGAACUCAUGGAAUCAUUGAAAUUUGAAUUAAAACUCAUAAAUAUAAGCAACAACAAUAACAUAUCGAACUAUGUUAAAAACAAAAAGAGAAUGUCGCUAAAAGAAAUUAAAGAAAGUUGGUCGAGUAUAAAUUGGGAAAAAUUGAUGGCUUUGCCGAACGAAACGAAAACGCAACCUUUCUUCACAAAUGAAUCAAUAAUUUUUAUAGAAAAUUGUCAGUAUAUAACUGAAUUAGAAAAAUUAAUAAAUAAAACUCCUAAAAAAGUGCAAGCGAAUUAUGUCGUAUGGAAGACAAUUCAAUCAUUGAUCCCCUAUAUCAAGUCUAAAAGUCUACAUAAACUUCGACUAACUUAUUCUAAAACUCGAAAUCAAUCAAAUGUUUCUAAUGAUGAGUCGUGUUUCGGUCAACUUGCAAAUUUAUUGCCAAAUCUAAUUAUCUACUAUUAUUCACGCCGUUACCCGAUCAACGGACAAGCCCAGCACAGAGUAAAUCAGCUGAUUGAAGACAUAAAACAAAAAUAUGUAGAUACUUUGAAUAGUACUAAUUGGUUGGAUGAUAAAACCAAAGAUCUGCUAAUGGCCGAAAUAAAUUCUUUGAAAUUUAUCAAUGGUUAUCCCGUCGAACUUUUUGAUGACAAAACAUUGGAUGAAUAUCUUCAAGGCCUUGAUAUCACUUCUGGCAAUUUUUUAAAAAAUUAUAUAAACAUAAAAUUAUUCAGUCGUAAAAAACUCAUCGAUAUAUUAACGAGUUCUAAUGAUUCUAUUGAUUGGAUGAAGAUUACUGGAAUCGUGAAUCCGUUACAAGCCAAUGCUUUCAAUUUCUACUCUGCUAAUACUAUUGUUUUAGGUAUCGAAUUACUGAGAAAUUUGUACUUCAGUAUUUAUCGUCCGGAUUACACCAAUUUAGCCACGAUUGGGACCACUAUAGGACAUGAAAUAGGGCAUUCUAUUCAUGUUUCUUACAAGGCUGAGAAUAACUUCGGAAUAAAAGACAACGGAUGGAGUGUAUUGACAGAUAAGAAAUUUAGUGAAAUCGAAGAGUGUUUUAUUGAACAAUACUCGAAUUAUUCUUAUGAAGCAACUGAAAAAAAACUAAACGGUUCAUUCUAUCUAAACGAAAAUUUUGCUGACAAUUUCGGUAUACAAGUUGCUUAUUCUGUCUAUCAAGACUGGCUCAAAAAGAAUGGACCUAAAACAACUUAUUCUAGCCUGCCUUAUAAUUCAAAUCAAUUAUUUUGGUUAACGUACGCAACUAGAUGGUGCACAUCAAAGUCAUCAUUACUCCAAGUGGAUUCAACUGAUGAGCAUGCUCCAGUAGAUAAACGUGUCAUUGGAGUGGUUUCAAACAGCAGAGAAUUUUCGAAAGAUUUUAGUUGCCCUAUAGGGUCACAUAUGAAUCCUGUUAAAAAAUGUAGCGUGUUUUAAUAAUAAUUAUAAAAAAUUUUUAUUAAC